CAUGGGCUUCGGCGACUACAAGAGUCACCGGGGGUUGUCGACGACGGCCUCGCUUUACUUCAAGGAGCCACCUCGCAUGCUAUACCAGAAGAGCUAUCGCCAACAGAAGUGAAGGCAGCAUCAGCGAAGAUAGCAGCAGUCAAAGAGAUAGAGGAAGCGGUAGGAGAGGCAUUAGAAAGAGCACACGGAAACAAAGCAGCAGCAUCUACGAGGCCAGGAGAAGCAGCGCUAGUUGAGCACAGCUACUGGCCCACCGUGCGUCAAUACAUCGACAACGGAGGCCACGCAGGACAUACAAAGCGCAUCAGGCCUGUCUGCCCCAUCUGCUCCGACGAGCUGACCAUUUACGGGAUCGAUCCCACCAAGGACGAGUUAAUCGAGCGAGCAUUCUAUUCCAUCGAGGAGAUGCCCCCCUUCACAAGAUGCGCCUUACUCUUGUGCGGUCAUAUGUUUUGUCCAGACUGCCUCGCCAGGACAUUUGAAGCGGACCGCGAGAUGCAUCGCGGGCGAGCAUGUCCCGUCUGUCGGUUCAAGGUUGAUUGUGAGCCAUGCGGCAGGUUAGGGUGCGUGGUAAAUCUCCCUGUUACCGGAAUCGCGGCUAGAUGGGCUGAGUUUCCGAGUAGAAUGGCUGAAGGG